CCGCGGGAAGCGGCGCAUGGCGGGCUCGGGGCUGCUGGGCCGGCUGUGGAGCCGCCUGCGGGCGGCAGCGACGGGGGGGUCGCUCGGGGCGGCGGCGGCUCCAGCGGCUCCAGGCGGCAGGGGGCAGCUGGGCUUCAUAGUCAGGCACAUUAACAGUGCGACGUGGUGGCAUGAGCAUCUUUCCGAAGAGAAUGUCGAGUUCCUGAAGAAGAUAACUACGGAGGAAUCCAAAGCUCAGACAGCCAGCAAGCUGUGCCCUCUGAAAGAUGAGCCGUGGCCGCUGAAUGAGUGGAAACCAGAUUCCGUCAGAGUUGGUGUUGUUGCGGUGAAACUGGGAAUGAUGCCAAUAUGGACCAAGUCAGGAAAAAAGCAUGCUGUUACACUACUUAAGGUGCAAGAUUGCCACGUUUUAAAAUAUAUUUCAAAGGAAGAGUCUGGUGGAAAAUCAGCUAAACUACUUGUUGGAGGCAAAAAUGUAUCUCCUUUUUCUAGAUCAGAGUCUGCAAUGGAAAUUUUUAGAGAAGCUGGAGUACCACCGAAGCAGAAACUUACAAUGUUUAAUGUCACAGAUGAUGCCCUAGUUAAACCAGGCACUCCUUUGUAUGCUGCUCACUUCCGCCCAGGGCAGUUCGUGGAUGUUACUGGAAAAACGAUUGGUAAAGGAUUUCAAGGUGUCAUGAAGAGGUGGGGGUUUAAAGGCCAGCCUGCGAGCCACGGGCAGACAAAAACUCACAGACGUCCUGGAGCAUUAUCUACCAAUAAAGCUGCCAAAGUUUAUCGUGGAAAGAAAAUGCCUGGUAAAAUGGGUAACAUCUAUAGGACAUCUUUCGGAUUAAAGGUGUGGAGGAUAAACACAAAACAUGAUAUUAUUUAUGUGAAUGGGUCUGUUCCAGGUCACACAAAUUGUCUGGUGAAGGUCAAAGACAGCAAAUUGCCUACUUACAAGGAACAAAAUAAAAACCCUCCAUUCCCUACGUUUUUUGCUGAUGGAGAUGAAAAACUACCAGAAGACUUGUAUGAUGAGGAGAUGUUCCAGUUCACAGAUCCAUCUGUCACAUAUACAUAAUGUUCUUCACAUCUUUGAAAAAACAUAAUUUUGUUAUUUUCACAAACCUUGCAAUGCUGUUUGAGAGUAAACCUAUGAACUGCAGUCUGAUCAACUGACUUGAACACUUCAGGUAUUGCCAUUUUGGUCAGGUAAUAAGAUUUACCACUGUCAACUGCAAUCUGUAAAGCAGCAAGUGAAUCUUAAGGGCAGGUUGUAAAGACCACCAAACUUGUUUAUCCACAGUGGUCUCUUGUUUGGUGUUUCAGGCUGUAAAAAGUUAUCUGUUGCUGAAAAACUGUUGCUUUGAAGAUGGUUCCAUUUACUUUUCUGAAUGCUACCAAACUUUCUAUUUCUCUUUUGUGGAAGGUAUGCUGGCCAACUCAUAAUCCAAAAAAACUUUCAGAUCUGCUUUGACAUCUGGGGGGGAUGGAUAAAUCAGAUGUGAGUCCAACUUCGUGAAGAAUAAUCCAAAAUAAAACAGGAAAAUACAUUGCUCUGUAGCAGCAUGAGCUUGUUUUGUUUACUUCUUUUCACCAGAGCUCUUUCUCUCCUUUUGCUUUAACAUCAUGUUGAGUUUAAUGUAGCAGGUACCCACCAAAUUUUCCAAAGGAAGGGUGAUGCCAACCACUGUCUGUCUCUUCAGCAAGUACUGGCAGUGUAUAUGA